UCAGGUGUCGGGUACGUUGCGCGUAAACCAAUCCGAACAUGAGGGGAACCAAUGAUGCUCAUCACGUGGCAGACCGCUAUGCCUUGCCAUCAGGCUGAGAACUCUUACGAAUCACCUUCAUCAAUACUGACAAAAAGGGUUUUGUUCUGGUACAUUCCGUUCGGCGUUCGAGUUGUCUUUUGAGCGAGAGGAGUUACACGUUUUCUUUUCACCUGUUUCUACCUGUUUUAUCUGCACCAAACGCUCGUUUGCGAAAUCGUGGGAGGAAACCACACUUUCAGUAUUCGCCCCCCCAAAGUGUCGGUCACCUAUUGGCAUCAAGUCUCUAUCCUUGUGGACUUUGUCCCUCACAGUCAUCCAAGAUGUCUCGCACGCUCCCUACCGAAAUGGACCCCCUGGUCGACCAGUUCCAGCAUCUAACGGACAAGCGUCGAGGCUCGGAAGCCCUUCAGAUGCUCCAGAAGAUCGCUUCGAUAGUCAAACCUCUCAUGCGCCAACGAAAUUGGAGGGUCGGCGUCCUGGCUGAAUUCUACCCUCAUGAACGCAACCUGCUAGGCCUCAAUAUCAACCGCGGUGAGAAAAUAUGUCUACGUCUACGCUACCCAGGAGACGACACUCAAUUCCUCCCCUUCGAGAACAUCGUCGACACUAUGCUCCACGAAUUAGCGCACAUCAUCCACGGCCCGCACGAUCAAGUCUUUCACGCGCUCUGGGACAAGCUUCGCGACGAGCACGAGGCUCUCCUCAGAAAGGGGUACACAGGCGAAGGCUUCCUGGGCAAGGGCAACCGUGUUGGCGGCCGACGUGUACCACUCAGCGAGAUUCACCGGCAGGCUCGGGCGGCCGCCGAACGACGCCGCGACCUGACCAAAGGAAGCGGCCAGCGUCUAGGUGGUCAAGGCAUUAUCCGCGGCCAAAACGCUCGGGAGAUCAUUGCGGCCGCCGCAGAAAGACGCCUUCGCAUCGAACGGGGCUGCGCCAGCGCGACCGAGCAUGGCCGUCAGAUCGCGCACGAAGAAGCUAUCAAGACCGAUAAAGUUACGAUAACCAAGGCUGAGAAGCAAGACGAAGAAGACGCCGCCCUCAUGCAAGCUUACAUCGACAUGAUCCAGGAAGAAGAACAGCAACUCUUCGGUAAAGACUACGUCCCGCCAAGCCAAGAAAACCCUGCCGGUGUACGAGGAACCGCAGCGGCAGCGAAACCCUUGCGCGAGCAACAACUGCAAAUAGAGCGGGAACUCCAGCAAGCAAGAUCGCAGAAAGCUCCAUCGCCACAGGUGCCGCGCCCUUCACCAAGCCCAUCCAUCCCUUCCAAAAGGCCAGCCGCGCCCGCACCUGCUCCAGUCCAGGAAACAUGGACCUGCGAGAUCUGCACCCUCAUCAACCCACUUCAACACCUCAUGUGCGGAGCAUGUGAGACGGAGCGACCAUCCAUGUAUUCAGAUCUCUCUUUGUAUUUGGAUGGGGAUGGCCCUCCAGUUCCGCGCCACAUCCGUCCCGGCCCUAAGAACGCAUCUUCUACACCUCGGCAGACCCCGGCAGCGCUGCAACCACGCCUCUCCUCCGCAGACGCUCUCGCUAAGUUCGAGUCGGAAGCCAUGGCCAAGGCGCAAGUGAAGCCCUUAGGCUGGACGUGCGGUGGCUGUAACACGUGGAUGGAAAGCCAAUGGUGGACAUGUUCGAGGUGCGGACGCAUGAAGACGACCUCAUGAAAGUAACAAGGCAUCGAUACGAAACACAUUUGGCCUAAACGCCCCAAUCAAGGCACCUUCUCUCGCUAGCGUUCGGGCAAGGCGCUCCAAACCAUCGACUCGAUCUGUCGGAGCAAUCUUAAGAAGCGCGACUUGGCGCUAUCCGUCCGCCGCUGGUAGAUCAAACCUCGGAUCACAACACAAGCACCACAGUGAUUGAAUAUGACCAUGAGAUAUGAAAUUAUGAAUGAUACGACACCCUAGAGGUUUUUGAGCUGCGUGUAGAAAUCACAGUAUGUGUCCCAUCUGAUGUCUGUCAGUAUCGGUGUCUAAGGACACUGAGCAUAAGCCAUUGAUUAAGGAACGUCAACACUGGAU